AUGUACUCCAACUCCCACCCGGCGAGACACCCGGCUCAGACAUUGUCACUGAACAGCAUUCCGCCGCCAUAUGCAGAUUUCACCGGUUAUCAUCAUGUUCCGGGAGUGGGCGACCCGCUCCACACGAACCCCUCGACAGGUGUGUGGAACCCGGCUUACGCAGCGGAGGAGCUGGCAUACGGUUACGGCUUCACGGGGUCAAGUCCGUGCACCGGACAGGCCGGCGUCACUUCCCCUGACUUAACCGGCAUGCCCACCGCAGGAGGGGGGUCUUUCACCCCGUACAGUUUCCCCCCGGGGCAGGAGUCACCCAGCUCCUCCAGGGGGAAAUCACUGGACUGGGCCAGACACAGUGUGUGCCCGUCAGGAGGGAAGACUCGCACUAAAGACAAGUACAGGGUGGUGUACUCUGACCACCAGCGCCUGGAGCUGGAGAAGGAGUUUCAGUACAGCCGCUACAUCACCAUCAGGAGGAAGGCCGAGCUGUCCCUGGCACUGAGCCUCUCAGAGAGACAGGUGAAGAUAUGGUUCCAGAACAGGCGAGCCAAAGAGAGGAAGUUAAACCGGAAGAAGCUGCAGCUCUCUCAGCAGGCCUCUACGACGACUCCCACGCCUGUGACAAGCAGCCCCAGCAGCAACAUUUUGUCCAAUGCAAUAUCAGAGGAGUACUAA